CCGCCCUCCGCGGCCGUGAGGGGAGCCAUGAAGUGCGUGAUCGGGGGGGCGCAGCUCCGAGUGUUUGGAAGAGCAAUACAUGCCAUAGCACGGAUUAGUGAUGAAUUCUGGUUUGACCCCUUAGAAAAAGGUCUUGCCUUAAGAUCAGUGAAUUCCUCGAGGUCAGCGUAUGCAUGUGUGUUCUUCUCAUCCAUGUUUUUCCAACAUUACUGCUGGACAGCCGUGUCCCACCCGUGUCAGAAUGAGAAGCAGUUAUCCCUCCCCUGUAAAUUGAUAAUUAAGUCAGUUCUCCCUGUGUUUAGAUGUGUAAAUGUGCUGGAAAGGAAUGUAGAGAAGUGCAGCAUCUCCACCAGUCCCAGUGACCACCACAUCACCUUUCAGCUCCUCUGCAGGCAUGGUGUUGUAAAAACCUAUAACCUGACAUUUCAAGAAUGUGAUCCCUUGCAGGCUGUUUUUGCAAAGCACAUGUGCCCAAACAUUCUUAAAGUCCACUCCAGGCUGCUGGCUGAUGUGAUGAUUCACUUCCCAACCAGUCAGGAAGAAAUAACCUUGUCAGUAACUCCAAUGAAAGUUUGUUUCAAGAGUUACACUGAGGAAGACACUGACUUUUCAAGGACAAUGCUUACUGAGAUACAGCUCAGUCCAGAGGAAUUUGACUACUUUCAAGUUGGAGUAGAUUCUGAAGUGACAUUUUGCCUUAAAGAAUUGAGGGGCCUGCUGGCGUUUUCCGAAGCCACGAGCGUUCCUGUGUCCAUCCACUUCGACAGAUGUGGGAACCUUGAGGACCUGCUGCUGGAGGCCAGCUUUAUCCUGGCUACCUUGUGUGAGGCUGAGAAGGAAGCAGCUUCCCCAGAGCCUGCCUCUUGCCCACGGCCCUGGCACAGCUCAAGGACUGCCAUGGAUAAAUCUGCCCAGACCUCCAUGGAUGGAGCCAGCAAUGCAGACACAGCCACUUCCAAAAGGCCACAGCAGAAGGGAAACACUCCGAGCAUGCACUCGGCAAAAGCCCCAAGUGCUCUGGAGAAACAAGAGAUAAAAAAUAUUCCCGAGAAGGAGGCUCUUGGUGACACCUUCCAGAGUUUGGUGACAGCCAGUGACACUGAGGAGGAGCUGGGUGCCUUGCAGAGCUCCCCGGAACUGCUGGGGGUUCUGCUCUCAGAACGCUCUCACUAG